GGGAGCGGUCCUAGUUGUUGAGGAAUUUGCAGGAAAAGACAUUGUUUACGUUUGCGACAUUCGCCCUUAUGAAACAACUGUGUCGAAUUGCUUGUCCGCUUCAUGAGUUUUUGAUUUUUUUUGAAUAGUUUAAGAAUAUUAUAAAUCUUUUUACACAAAUGGCUGAAGUAAAUGCCACACAAACAGCCCGAAGAAAGUACCUUUCGAUGGCGGUUUCAUCGGAAUUGCUGGAGCAUGAUUUUGAGAGUGCCGACAAGGAGUGCGUCGAAUCCCUCACGGAAAUGAUGCAGUGCUUUAUUGUCGAGUUGGGACAAACGGCGCGAAACUACUGCGAGUUGGCCGGUCGGACUCAGCCGGUCAUCGGCGACGUCGUGAUCGGUCUCAUCAAUAUGGGCAUUUCCGUCCGAGGGCUGGAGAGUUACGGCAAACGUGAAGGACGACAUUUAUUACCUCAGCCGCAGCAAGCUCAAACGCAGAAGCAGCUUAGCAUCCUUCAGGCUGGCCAGAAGCAUAAACAUCCAUCGCAUAUCCCGAGCUACCUACCAACACUUCCGGACCCCCAUGCUUACAUUCGAACACCGACCUACAAACAACCAGUAACGGAGUAUGAAGCCAUUCGUGAAAAAGCUGCCACCCAAAAACGAGAUAUCGAGAAAGCCCUCACCAAGUUCCUGGCCAAGACCAGCGAUGUGCACAGUUUGUUCGACAACGAAGACAGCCCAAUGUUUCCAUUAAUUGCGUGUAAACCCUCAUUUCCGCCUUACCUGCAAGCUCUGAACCCGACGGACCAGAUAUUCGAUUUCGAAGAGCUGGAAUAUUACUACCAGGUGGCCAACAGAAAGGAGGACCCUGCGGAAACAAAAGAAGGUGACGACGACGACGAUGACGAUGAUGGGGAUGGUGGCGUUGGCAGUGCCAAAAAAGAGGGCGACAACACAGACGGUGAGACGGCUUCGCCCGUCAAAGGCGAAGGUAGUAACGGCGGUGGAAAUGGGGCGGCAGCCGAGGGAAAAAUGGGACCACCGACGGUUACGGUGUCGACUGCGAGCGGAACGAUCACAACGGCCCAGAUCAAUCUGACCAACAAUAGUCCGACCAUUGAUAAUCCCUACCUAAGGGCGGCGACCAUUCCAAGAAAGGUGAAAAGUGAAUCGGGAUCAGGAAUGUUUUGAUUGAUUUAGACUAAAAGCCUAACAGUAUAUAAGGAAUAUUUGUAAUAGUUUGCUAAGUUAAUUAAAGCUAAGUAAUUUUAUCUACAAA